AUGGAACUGAAGAAAUCUGGAAACGAAGUUUGGUUCUGCAAGGGUUGGGACGAAUUCGUGAAAUACUACUCUAUCAGUUUUGGCUUCUUUUUAAUGUUUAAAUAUGAAGGCAAUUCGCAGUUCGGUGUGGUUAUCUUUGAUAUUAGUGCAGCUGAGAUUCACUAUCCCUACAAAAUUAACUCUCAGACUGAGAAGCAUAGAACAAAAAGAACAUCCAGCUCUGAUCAAUGUGGCUACAACACAACGAGCCAAAGGCAUGAGCUAGAAGAAGAAGAAAUAAUUGACCUAGACGAUGAGACUGCAUUAAACCUGGGUAAAUCGGGAGACAAAGACAGAUCUGAGCAAGGCCAUUGUUCCAAAAUGAAGAAGAGAAGUUUGAGUAAAAAGCAAAGAGCUAUGGAAGCUGCCCAGAAGUUCAAACCAGCAAAUCGAUCUUUUACUGUAACAAUAAGGGCAUCUCAUCUGAAUCGUCGUUAUCUGGAUGUGCCAGCUUCAUUUUGGAAGGAUAAUAUGGGGAAGAAGAGUCCUACGAAGCUGCAGGACUCUAAUGGACGAAAAUGGGAGGUCAAUUAUGCUAAAAAGCAGACAUCUAUGCGAAUAUGGAAGGGUUGGAUCAGUUUUGCAAGGGCCAACAAUGUGAAGGAAGGAGACGUCUGCGUGUUUGAGCUUAUCAAGAGGAAAGACUACAUAUUUCGAGUUACCAUAUUUUCCUGUUGA